AUGCGUUUCCCAUCCUCCCUCGGCCUCUCCGUGGCCCUCGUGGCCUCCCUCUACAGCAACAUCGCUGCAGGAGACACCUACGAUGGCGGCUGCAAGGGCGACAAUCCAGUCAAACUGCGCAUCGGCAACGGAGGCGCCGGCCAAAGUGGUCUCGUAAAAGAACUAGCCACGCACUUCAUCAAAAACCAAACCAACAGCUGCCAAGACGCCAGCAAAGCCUUCAGCGUCGAAUGGGUAAAGGGCGACACGACAGAGACCAUCAACAACCUGAAAACCAAGAAGGUCGACGUAGGGAUCACAUACCACAAGACGGCAGAGCAGAUCGCGAUCCACAACGGGUUCGCCUCGGGCUGCAAAUACAAGGACGAGAACAGCACGACGCCAUGCUUUGGCGACGACUGCGCGGACCACGAGGAGCGGCCGUGCUACGCCUUCCGCGAUCACUUCUACCUGGCCGGGCCCAAGAACAACACCGCCGAUAUCCAGGACGAGGACGAUAUCAAGGAGACGUUCUCGAAGCUGUACAAUGCGGCGGAGAACGGCACCGCGCGCUUCCUGAGUCGGUUUGAUAAGUCGGCGACGAAUAUUAAGGAUUCGGAGUUGUGGAUUGCUAUUGGGCAGG